GUGAAAAACCUUUCAAAUGCGAACACGAGGGCUGUGAUCGCCGCUUCGCCAACUCUUCGGAUCGGAAGAAACACUCGCAUGUGCACACAUCGGACAAACCCUACAAUUGUCGCAUCAAUGGCUGUGAUAAAUCUUAUACUCAUCCCUCAUCGCUGCGUAAACACAUGAAGGUACAUGGCAACAUCGAUGAGAAGUCUCCCUCACAUGGCUAUGAUAGCGACGGCGAUGAGUCCUCCUCGUCCAGUAUUGUGACCGGCGGCGCGCAAACACCACCGUCCGCACGCCUAAAUGUCGACAAUAACAACGGCAUCGGUAACAAAUCCUCACCGCACUCCAUCAAAUCGGAACCGAGCAAUCACAGUAUUGGCGGCAUGCAUGGCGUCAUACAUUUGGGUGCCUCGAGCGGUGGCAGCAGCUCCACGAGCAGCUCACAUCUACAUCACUCACAUGCGCAUCACAGCAGCAGCGGCGCUGGCAAUGGCGGCAGUGGUGGCGCUAACAACAAUAACAAUAACAACAAUCACUCAGCCAAAUCGCCAGCGUUACAAUUGAUGGCGUCCUCAGCCGCGGCAGCAUACUUAGCACCACCACUUGGACCACCGCCCUCACUGUCGGCAGCGGCCACACAUCACCAUCAUCAUCACCAGCAAGCGGCAUCGCCAGGCAGUAGUAAUGCGGCAGCCGCUUCAAUGCUUGUCACCGGUCAUCACAAUCAUCAUUUGCUCUAUCAUCCGGCGGCGCAACAUCAUCCGCCCAGCGAUUGGUAUCACACAGCAACACCGCCGGCAGCCGCUGAUGCAAUGAAUCCGCUCAAUCAUUUCGGUCAUCAUCAUCAUCAUCACCAUCUGAUGCAUCCGGGUGCGGCAACCGCCUAUUGAAAUUGGUGAACUGUGCAAGCGAGAGGGUGAGCGUAAGCAUCGAAGAAGUUAAGGGCAAGAACACUUGUUUGUGUGGCCAAACGCAUGUACAUAUGUGUAUGUAUGUGUGCUUUAUGUGCUGAGCUGUGCAGUGUUAACGGCUAUUGGAAAACUCUUUGUCGCUCAGCCGACUAAUUUGGUAAUCAUAAUCUGUUGAAUUAAACCAAAUAAGUUUUUAGCACAGCCGAACACAUACACAUACAUACAUAUAUACCAUGUAACGAACGGGCAUUGUAGUUGUAUUCAGCAAUAUGACAUCGAGUUUUAACAUUUGGCACUGUAACAUACAUUUUUACCUUUAUUUAAAUAUAUGACUGUCGAGCUCUAUAUUUUGUAGUAAAAUGUUGAGAUUUUAACUGCAAUAAAUUCGAAAAUAUUUUUGUCGUUUAUUUUAUGAUUCAAGAAAACAGUUUUUAUUUUAAAAUGUCUUAUGUUCCGAACAUCUCUUUUAUUUAGGCAAACAGUGAAGUUUACAUACAAAGGAGAAAAAUUAAUAAAUAACUCCCUUAAGUGGUCAUAUUUCGAUUUAUCUGAAUUAAAUAAAGCGGGAGGUAUAAUAUAAUAAAAGAUAUAUGUAUAAUUUUUAUUUUUAUUUAAUUUCAUGUCGAAAAAAUUUCACAUCACUUCUUAUUUAAUUUUAUAUCUGUUGCCUAACUGAUUUUCGAUAAAACUUUUGCGUGCAAUGCAAACAAACUAUUUUUUUCCUGAACAAAAAUCUAAACCGUACUCAAAUUCUCACCGCCACUGUAGCAUAGCGGAGAAAAUUCCUCUAAAAUACGUAAGAAAAAAUGUCUGCCUUAAAUGUACUUUCUACGCCGCUUCAAAAGUAAAGAAAAAAAUUGUGAAUCAUCUGGCAUUUUACUAUAUAC